UCUAGUACAGCUGUGUCCUGGGUUGGCUCUCUAAAGGUUGGUCACCCCAACGGUACAGUACCAUUUGGGUAGGGGAAAAAGAUAUAAAGAAGGUAACAUUUGCAAAUUAAAUAGACAAGAAAGUGGUAAACACUGAUGCCUUCUGCGAAAGAGAAAUGAGUGGCUGGAACAAGCCAGAGAGGCUUUUGCUUAGUUUUUAAAUAUAUUUUAAAAUAUUCGUACCCUGCGUAUAUGCUACCUAUUCGAAAAUCAUUAUUAGUCUUACAUAGAGGUUCCCCGCACUAAGCUGGAAAAGGCGCUUUCGUAGCGUGGGGAUCAGUGUUCCUCCCGGAACCACAGUGUUAAGAACACGUGGGUCGUGGGGAGACCUGCUCAGAGUUCAAGGUGGCUGUGUGGUGGAUGGAUUCAGACAAGCCCGAUGAGGUAAGACUGUGGCCAAAACUGAAGGGCCCGCCAAGCCCCAGAAAUCAGUUUGAAUUUGUGUGUGUGUGUGUGUGUGUGAGGGAAGCCAUUAGAGGGUUUUAAGGAAAGGAAUGCAAUUAUUUCGUUUAUGACUAAGAGAUAGCUCCGGUUGUGUAAAAAUGUGGGGGAGCACAAUUUCGCGGUCCUCUUGCUGUAGCCUUGGUAAUUAGGGCUGUUAGCUUGGACCAUUAGCAUGGUAGCACUGGAUGGAGAUGCGGAGCCACGAACAGAGGUUUUGUGACUUUCGGAGGUCGCCCUGACAGGACUUGCUGCUAGACUGAAGUGUGGCUUGUACGGGACAGAGCAUAACAUCGCUGACGUCUCUUCCCGCCUGGGUGGGUCAGAGUGCGUUUCUCAGAAAUGGAGGGCGUUGGUGGAUGUGGAGGAGGAAGAGUUCUCUUUGGGACACUUAAAGCCAGAGACAGUUAACUGAUGCAUCUUUUUUUGAAAGACACUCAGGCUGUUCUGUGGAGAGUGGGAAGAAGACGUUUGGGGCUCCAGCGGCGAAUCUUUCAGGCGGUCAAAGGCUUUAGCUUUGCAGCAGUAUGAAAUGAGCAAUUAUGACAGGGCUUUGAGUGUGAGGAGAGCAGACCACAGGGUAGAGUUGCCAGAUUUAGCAAAUAAAAAUAGAGAGCAGGGCUUCCUUGGUGGCGCAGUGGUUGAGAGUCCGCCUGCCGAUGCAGGGGACGCAGGUUCGUGCCCCGGUCUGGGAGGAUCCCACAUGCCGCGGAGCGGCUGGGCCCGUGAGCCAUGGCCGCUGAGCCUGUGCGUCCGGAGCCUGUGCUCCGCAACGGGAGAGACCAGCAGUGAAAGACCCGCGUACCGCAAAAAAGAAAAAUAGAGAGCACCCAGUUAAAUUUGAAUAUCAGAUCAACAAUAAAUCAUUUCGUAGUGUAAGUAUAGCCCUGUAAUAUUGGGGAUAAACUUAUGCUAAAAACGUGAUCAUUGAUCUGACAUUCAAAUUUAACUGGGCUUUCUGCAUUUGACCAGGCAGCACUACCACAAAGGCAGGUGGAGGCAGGGACUCCGCAGACAUUCAGGGAGAGGGAAGGGGCCAGGGUGGCUGCAGGGGACGUGAGGAGGGGCCCCAGAAAAGACAAGGGUGGCCCUUUUCGUGUACUUUUUCGGGGAACAGCUCUGGAAGGCGAACUUAUCGGUCUGCCAAGCGUUGGCCGAGGGCUCUUCGGGGAAGACUUCGGCGCCGUGGGCUCCCCGCUAGCCCGGCCUCUCUCUGCCUCCGCGGGGUGGGCAGGCGGCUGGGAAGCGGCAGCCAGCAGAGCAAAAGGACCGGCGCGGUAAUCCCGCCCUCCGCGACCGCAGGGGUGGAGCCUGAGCGAGGAAUCCGCAAGCAGCACUCUCUCCCCGGAUGACGAGCAGCAGGAUAACAUGGAGUCGGGCAAGAUGGCGCCUCCCAAGAACGCUCCGAGAGAUGCCUUGGUGAUGGCACAGAUCCUGAAGGAUAUGGGAAUUACGGAGUACGAACCAAGGGUUAUAAAUCAAAUGUUGGAAUUUGCUUUCCGAUAUGUGACUUCAAUUCUGGAUGAUGCAAAAAUUUAUUCAAGCCACGCUAAGAAACCUAAUGUUGAUGCAGAUGAUGUGAGACUGGCAAUCCAGUGUCGGGCUGACCAGUCUUUUACCUCUCCUCCCCCGAGAGAUUUUUUACUGGAUAUUGCAAGGCAGAAAAAUCAAACCCCUUUACCACUGAUUAAGCCAUAUGCAGGACCCAGACUGCCACCUGACAGAUACUGCUUAACAGCUCCAAACUAUAGGCUAAAGUCCUUAAUUAAAAAGGGACCUAACCAAGGAAGACUAGUUCCACGGUUAAGUGUUGGUGCUGUAAGUAGCAGACCUACCACUCCUACUAUAGCAACCCCACAAACAGUGUCUGUCCCAAAUAAAGUUGCACCUCCAGUGUCAGUGACAAGCCAAAGAUUUACGGUGCAGAUUCCACCUUCUCAGUCCACACCUGUCAAACCAGUUCCUGCAACAACUGCAGUUCAAAAUGUUCUGCUUAAUCCUUCAAUGAUUGGGCCCAAAAAUAUUCUUAUUACCACCAACAUGGUUUCAUCACAGAACACGGCCAAUGAAUCAAACCCAUUGAAGAGAAAACAUGAAGAUGAUGACAAUGAUACUAUGUAAGGAAUAUAGUGUAGUCUCUAUGCAUUUCAAACGUGUAGUUGGUUUUGAGCCCAGUAUACCAAACUAGAACAUUCUUGAUCGAAAACUUAAAUGUAGUUGCAGUAUCUUUCACCUUAAAGUGUUAUAUUUAUUUCUUAAGGGUAACAAUGUUUUUUCAUUAGGCUUCAGGUAUAAAAAGUUAAGUGCUUGUUUUUUAAUGGUUUCAUUAAUGUUGAGUCCUGCUACGGUAAUUCUAUUUUUGGAAGCAGUUUUCUGCAAUGUAUCUGACAGCAACACUUAAGUUUCACUUUCUACAGCCUGAUCAGUGGACUAAUCUUUAACAGCAUAAUUUCUAAUCUAUAUUUAAAUACUUCUUUUGUAAGAUAAAAUAGUCACUUUUAUUGUCACCAACUUUUUUGACCAGAUCUCUCAAUUUAGCAAAUAUUUUUGGAGAGGUUGGAUUUAGAGGGAUUCUAAAUCCAUUUUAAAUAUAUUUAAGCUGUUUCUUGAUGUUCCCUAACCUCCCACCUCCUCAGCCCCGUUUCUAGAUCCCAUUCAUUUUCUGCACCACCUCCUCCCCACAGGCUUAGGUUUCUCCCUAUUGCUCUUAAAUUUAAAAGGCAAAAACUGGAACUUUAGGAAUAUAAUUCCUGAUAAUACAGCUCAGUGUUAUUUUCAUAUUUUUAAAACCUGCUUUACAUGCCUGAUGGUCUAUGGUUCACUUUAACCAGGUUUGCAUUUGCUGUUUUUCUCUCCAUACCAGAGCAGUUGGGUUUUAUCCCUUGUCUUUUAUGCCCAUUGAACAUUACUCUCCUUUUGACAGGUAGUUUGGGGUCAGUUACAUUCAGUUUCAGUCUUAUAUUCCAAGUUGAUAACUCCACCAUAUUUCACAAAUUGAAAUUUAACACGAAAGAUGCUAUAGCUUAAAAUCUGCCUUGAUAAGUAUACUUACACUGGACCUAGGCAAAACCACUGAAGAGCAAGUGUUUUCUUCCUUUUUACCAUACAUAUAUAUGCUUUGAUCACUACUGCUUGAACCCC